AUGGGGCUCUCCCACGUGGGAAGUGUAAUCACGGGCACCGUCAAUAACCAUGGUUUAUACCUUUCCGGAAAUAACUUCAACGGCCCCGUCAACUUAGUAUCCGGCAAAGGAGGCUCCGAAAAGUCCAAAGAGGAAGCCUGUGAAACAGCCCUCUACCUCACUUAUCCCGUCGACGACAGAACGCGAAUCCUCGACAACCUCGAGGGACCCUUGCUCCCCACCAUUUGCCAAUGGAUCAACAACCACCCAAGCUUCCGCAGCUGGCACGACGGAGGCGAAGGCGCCGCCGAGCUGCUAUGGAUCUCGGGAGCCUUUGGCAUGGGCAAGACAAUGAUGUCGCUCUUCCUCAUUUCCGAGAUUGAAGAGUCCCGCAUGCGCUCCCGCGCCGGCGGCGUUGUCCUCUACUACUUUGUCGACUCAUGUGACGACAAGCGCAACUCAGCCGUCUCCAUCCUCCGCGGCCUCAUCUACAUGGUCAUCCGCCGGUUCAAGGAGAUGACCUCGUACCUCAUGGACGAUUUCGAGGGCCAGAGGAGAGCAUUUCGCUUCUACGAGAAGCAGAGGCAGGUCCAGGAGCAGCUCCGCCACAUCAACCCGGCGUUGUUGGGCCCCAUGGCUUCCAUGAAGAUGGUUCUCCUCAGCCAAGAAGAGCCCAGCUGCCUCAAAGAGACCCUAUCACACUUCCCGCGCGUCAGGCUAGAGGACGCCGCCUUGUACACUUCGGUAGCCAAGGUCCCAAAACCAAAGUCCUCCGCCACCGCGAAGAAGGCUGCCUCCGGCGAAGGUGCCAAGAAACUGACGUCGGCUGUGCAGCUCGCGCUCAAGAAAAAGAGGGUCGAGGACGCCAAGUUGGCCAUUGCGAAUGCGGAAGCUGCCCAAUCCGCCGGCGCUGGCGCCGAUGGGCAAUCUCAGAAUUCCGUGGGCCUAGAACAGGCGGUAUCGCAACUCUCGGUCCAAACCAACCCCGAACAAUCUGCAGAGGGUCAACAGGAGCCUCACGUCUCGAGUGCUACUGAUGCUAGCGCCGUUGGAGAAACGGACGAGUACGUCUUUGACGAAGAUGUCGCAGACGAGCAAGCCGAGACGCAGGACGAAGAAGUAGAGGAAGCGGAAGAAGAGUUCUCCGACCCCGUGCUUCCCGUCUCCUCUACAUCGCCGCCAAGCCCUGCAAGCCCGCGGCGACGCACCUUUCUCUGGGUCGACCUGGCCCUGGUUGAGCUCAAGCGGUACGCCCCCGAGCACGCGCUCCAGGUAGCCCAGCAGCUGCCCCCGGACGUCAACGACAUGUACUGCCGUUUCUUGCGCCAGAUCCUCCAACAUGGCGCAGCUCGUCGUCUCUGUGCUGCGGUGGGUGAUUGCCGCCCGCCGCCCGCUGACGGUCAACGAGCUCUCGGCCGCGCUCAUGCAGAUGGGCUUCUCCACGCACGACCCGCUGGGCAUGACGAAGCAGGGCAUCGCCGCGUGCAGCCCCUCCUCAAGCUCAGCAAGGACGGCGUCGUCAACAUCGCCCAUACCUCCUUCAAGAACCUGCUGACCGCCUCCGAGGGCCCCCUGUGGAGCGACCCGGCUCUCACCCAGUUCCACGUCAACGUGCCCGACGUGGACGGUGACGUUGCGGCCGUGCUGUUGGCGUACCUCGAGCGCGGGUGCCUCGCCGAGGGCUCCGCCUCGACCGUCGAGGAGGCGUCCAAGUACAACCAGCGCUGCGUGCAGUACCCGCUCUUCUCGUACGCCGUGCUCUUCUGGCCGGAUCACGCCCGCUCCGCGUCGCGGCCCUGCAUCAACCUGGCCGCGCCCUUCUUUGCCAAGAAAUCUGCCGCGCGCAAGAACUGGUGGCUCUCGUACUACCCGGAAACCACCAAGAAGGGCCCCAUGAUCGCCCCGAGGGACGUCAGCCUGCUGCACCUGGCCGCGCACCUCAACUUGCUCGUCUUGGCGCAGCAUAUUGAGCAAAAAGGCGAGAUUGUGGGCCGCAUCGAUAACCGAGACAGCCACGGCAACACCCGCUCGCGCUGGCCGCCAUGGCGGGAAGCCUGGAGAUGCUCGAUCCACGGCAUGAUUAGCGAGGGCGUAGAACUAGACAUCGACGUAUGGAGGCUCAUGGCCCGCGACACCGGCACCGGCGGCACCCCGCUCUACAACGCCUCCCUCGCCGGCCACCUCGAAGUCGUCAAGCUCCUCAUCGAGCGCGGCGCCAACGUCCACGCCGCCACCACCAAGCGCUGGACGGCCCUGCACGCCGCCUCCUGGACCGGCCAGAUGGACUGCGUCAAGCUCCUCCUGGACAGCGGGGCCCAGGCCCUCGCCGUCACCGACAACGGCUGGAACCCUAUGCACUGCGCCGCCUCGCGCGGCAAGGCGUCCCUCGUCCAGUUCUUCGUCGGGCUCGAGAUGCCCGUCGACGCCCUGACCAUGAAGCGCAAGAGCGCGCUCCACCUUGCCGCCUAUAACGGCAGCGCCGCCACACUAAAGAUCCUCACCGCCGCGGGUGCCGCGGCGGACCUCCAGUCCCACAAGGGCGAAACUGCGCUGCACCUUGCCACGCGACGGGUCAAGCCAGAGGCCGUCGAGGCGUUGCUCGCCGGCGGCGCGAAUAGGGAGAUUCCAAAUAACGCGGGGGCUACUCCGCUGGACAUGAUUAAGAUGAUCAAGGGUUCCCUGAGCGAGGAUAAUGCCGAGAUCUUGAGAAUUUUGGAAACCUUUGGCACCCCUGGAUACCCAAGCCGGGGCUCCCAGCGCAGCAGGCCCAGCCCAACCCCAACCUACCGUCCAGCAGAACUUUGCCGCGCAGCCGGGUAUGGUGAGCACGGUCAAUGGGCAGCCCACGCCCAUUACGCCAAUGUCCAACCUCUAUGCCACACCUCAGCCAUACGGAGCACCUCCCCUCCGUACACCCAGAACCCGGCGUUCCAAGCAUCAGCACAGACAGGGUACUUUCCGGAAAAGCCCGCGUAUGGAGUUGCCGCUAAUACCCCGGCCGCGUAUCCAACUACCCCCGGUAGCAGUUUUGGUGGCGUACAGAACACCGGCGCCUAUGGUGUGCAGACACCCCCGUCGGCCGGGGUGCCGGGGCUACAAGGAGCACCAGUUAGCGCCGGAUAUCCCGGCGCCCAAGUACCGGCUACGGCGGGAGGUGUUACCAAUCCUGUCUCCGUGUAUCCUCAAGUUCAAGGAGCUAUUUUGAACCACCCGCCGGUGGCGACCCCAGGCUACCAGCCCGUAGGUGCACCAAGUGUCGUUAACGGAGCGGCGGUAUCUACCCCACCUCCAGCAACGGGCUACCAGGCCUCCAGUACUACAGGUGCUGUAUACGCAAAUGCACUAGACAAUGCCAAUUCUGGAUACACGGCUUCACCGACGGCGCAGCAGUUACAAACCAACUUCCACGUUGCUACCUCAACCCAACCUCCCGCCUCCUCAGCGGCCACGACUACACAUUACGCGCACAUAACCUACGCUGGUACCGAGACUGGAAUCUACACGCCUGCCGCCUCGCCACCAACUGUCGGCAGCCAGCCCGUCGAAGCCGUGUCACCAGAGAACCCCACCACCGCGCUGUAUGCCCCCACCCCCGCGGUAGCAGCGCCAGCCAUGGAAACGCAGCCGAACCCGGCCACGAACAAUGCCGCCGAUGCCACUGUGGCAGGUUAUCCUACGCAGUUACAGCCAGCCCCCAUCGAGCUACCGGUAAAGGGCCCUUGGACGAUCGAAGCGCCGCCGCCCACUCUCGACAAUCAGCCCCCGAUCCAGGUCCAGCAGCCGGGCACGUACCAGGAGGCCCCCGCGACCCCGCGGCGCAACACCGGAAGGAGAGCAUCUCCACUGUGCCAACGGCGACGCAUCAGCCGGGGACGCACCGCAGCAAUCAUUCACGCACCCGGAGCAUCAGUACCAGCAGCAACAACAGUACCAGACAUUCGCCCCGACCACGGCGAUACCCGCUCCCGCAUCUCAGGCUCCGCAGCAGGGAUUCCCACCGCCACCACCACCCAUGGCCCAGACAACCGUCCCGUCGGUAGUCACCCCACAGCCAUGGAUGGCGCCAGUCGUCGCGCCUACACCUACACACGCCACGACCCAUUACCAGGCCCAGCCCGCGGCGCCGCAGCCACAGCAGUCUUGGAUGGCACCAUCGCAGCAUGCAGUUACGCAAGCCCCGCCCUCGCAGGUAUACACGCCGGCGCUAACACCCGUUCCGGUCCAGCAGCCUUGGGCGCAGCCCACCGCACAGACGGCAACUCCUUGCUACAGCCGACGAGCACAGGCUACCAACCCCAAGCCGCCUUCUCCGCGCCCUCGUCGGUGCCCGGCUACACCCCGGCAGGAUUUUCCGCGCCGGCGCCGUCACAGGCCGGCCCGGUGGCCUUCACCCCUCCGGGUGCAGCGCUGCAGCAGCCGUGGCAGACUCCGCAGCAGAUGGGGACACAAGCUGGCUACGGGCCACAGCAGUACGGACCGAGCCCGAACACACUCUCGGUAGGCUAUGUGCCGGGCCAGUAUGGCAUGGGCGGGCAGAUGCAGUUUGCGGGACCACCGACGGGGUAUCCAGCGGUUCAGAAAAAGAGGAGCAUCAUGAACCUUGGAGGGCUGCUCAAGUGA